UUGCUUCAAGCGCCGCAACUGUUCAAGAAAAGUCAACAAAUGGAUUACUCAUAUCUCACGCUUUGCGUAUUCAACGCGUUCUUGUCCUACACCGCCACCAUGCUGAACAUUGUAGCAAUCUACGCGAUCAGAAAGACUUUGUCUUUGCCAAAAAAUUUAAAAACAUUGCUCCUGAGUCUGGCUGUUUCUGAUCUGGGUGUUGUUUUACUAGUUCAGCCAAUGUAUAUCGCAAAUACCAUCGACUCUCAACAAAAUAAUGCAACCAAUGACACUGAUAAUGUCAUUUAUCUCGCGCUUCUUAUUCCUGUCAAUUUAUUCAUUUUUGCGUCAUUGUUUAGUGUCACGGCUCUCUGUGCGGACAGAUUCUUGGCAAUUCACCUCCACCUCAGAUACCAGGAACUUGUGACAUACCAGCGCGUUGCUGCUGUAGUAGCCUCAAUUUGGGUGUCAAGCGCACUUAUUUCACUGAUCAGGUUAUUCAUCCCAAAAAAUAUCAUGUACGUGAGUUUCGUCAUUAUUAUGUCUGCCUGUAUUGUAACUGCAAAUAAACAAAUAAACAAAUUUCAAGUCCAACUGGUAGCGCAGAAUGACCAAGUCGAAAGAGUUCAAAGAAAAAAGAAAUCUGCUGUGGCAUCGCUUUACGUGUAUCUGGUUUUCAUAGUUUGCUAUUUGCCUAAUAUUUGUAGAUUAUUUAUUACUGCUGCCAUUCCCGAACCAAGGAUAGAUGUAAAGCAUCUGAGUUUCUAUACUCUGACCCUAAUGUUUCUUAAUUCAACCCUCAACCCAUUAAUCUACUGCUGGAAGAUGAAACGCAUCCAGCACACUAUUGUUGGCACACUUCGGAAUCUUUUUUCAAGUCCCAUCUAAAGAAAGCUCCACCAUAGACUAUGACGAACAGAGGACUAAGAAAGCCUUCUAAGGUCAUCCUUAUACGGUUCUUAUACGGUCGGUAACUAAACGAAGCUAUGCCACUGAAAUGCUUUGCGAAUUUCCUUCACGUUAUUUCCAUAACACAAUCCACGCUGUCAUCAUUCAGUUUUUAAACGUCCUUAUGCAAAGUUUUAUUUGAAAAAAAUUCAUUACUUUUGUAAAAUGAACGUUGAAAGGCGCAAUUGACGCACUUCGCAGUGUCUUAAUGAUGCAAAAGUGAGCCAGCGUACGAGCUAAAUGACUUAAGUUUCUUCACCACGUAACCUUUUCACUGUGUUAAAACCUAACAACGUUUAAAUCGUCAUGUUCCAAAGGUUUCACAUGAACACUUUUCUCACUGAAAAGCGUAAGCGGAAUUCAUACCCCAAUAAUUCAAAGUAGACAGACUGCAAAUCAUCUUAGUUGCUAAAAAAUAUAUAUCUACGCGUCGCAACUGUUCAUCAGUAGGAUGCCUAAAAUGCGUGCAAUUCCACAAUUAAAACAUUUUGAGUGUACGAGAUUAUUCUUAAUAAAAGGUUAGGGAAAGUAUGAUAAAAAAAACUUCCCUGAAACUGUUCACGUUUAGAACCCUUAAAAUUUUAUGGUUUAACCGUUUUCGUCGCAAAAAAACAUACUUGUAUGUAUUGUCAAAUCCGUUUUAGUAUUUUGUAUUGUUCUGCAGUCUUUUUAAUCGUUAUUUUGAUUUCAGUAAGCAACAUUUCAACAAGGAUAAUAAUGCAAAAGAAAAAGCCUCAGCCGUAGAUACAAAACCACCCUUUACCUCCGUCUAAAGACAUGCCGACAUUCCCUAGAAACGAGAACAUCAAACUUCAACUAGCCUGCGAGCUAGCUCUCUAUUUUGGGCGAGUCGCCAAAAGUCAGGCAAGAACAGCACGCGUCAGGAGACGCUAGUGCGGGGGGCGGGGUAAGAGGCGCGUUCUCUCGCGACUAGCUUUGCUCGAAAUUAAUGAAGAGCUUUCUAGCAUGCUGAACUUUAACAGCUGUCGUGCGCACUAUUCAUUUUUAUGACAAUUUCCAUCGAUGGUGGAACCUUAACGCUUUUCGCGGUUUACAAGCUUUAUUGGUUACUGAUACUAUAUUUUCACCUCCAUUCUGACUACAAAGGUCUGAAAUAGCUUCAAACAGGAGCCUGAAGCAAAUAGUGAAUUCGUGAAAAUAACGCGUUCUCACCUAAAUAUGAAUUUUUGGUGCUAGUUUUCCUACUGACCAGCACCCUUCCAAAGCUCUUAUUUCACUGGUCCCUAUAACCUGCACUACCUAUUGUUUUCAGGGAUAGGAGCAUUGUUAUGUCAUCAUCGCUAUUGUUUUCUUGUUCUCAGUUUCAGAGCAGAAUUAGAAUUGGGUAGCAAAUGAAUUUCACCUCAACACCAACAACAACAAUAACAACAAAAGAAAUAGUUCUUAAGUCCGCUUGCGUUUAACGGUUGCGUGCAAAGCCAACGAAAAAUUGUCCGCUAAUAGGUUAUGUCGUUGAUAUUACAAAUUGCAAAUACAACACAAGUUAAUGAAAGAGUUAGGGAACCAUAUGAUAUGUAAAUUAAACAGCUGAAAUUUUCCGAGCUGGUUAUUUAAAACCUACUGUUAACUAAAUAUGAUUUUUAGGGCGUGUGGAAAAUAUAAAAAAUUUCACCACCUUUAAAGAGACGAAACACUUUGUAACUCUUUCAAUAGCGACUGUGAAGCCCUUAUGUUAACGCCAAAAACUAGAAGUCUUUAAUUUUGAAACAUUAGGGCAUUAAGUCUCAACAUAUUCAUCAAAAUUAAAUGGGCUAACAGACUAACGAGGAACAGUUUUUUUCUAAUAUUUCAAUCGACCACUUUUAGUCCCAUGCAACUAAUAAGCAACAUGUCAUUUUGCAGUAAAUUUUAAUGAACGUGACGUUCUUUUAAAAUACAGCAUUUGAAACAUACACAAGGGUGAAGGAUAGUUUUGUCCUUUUUCGCAUUUGGCUCGUUCGGAUGCAAUAUAGCCAUAUAGUGGCCCCAAUAAAGACAAAAAAACUUUAAAUAUGACUUAACUGCCAAAGGCGGGAAAAAUGGUGGGGCAAGUUUCCUGUGUUUCAGUUGAAGUUACUUUAAACAGAACUUCCUGUUUUUAAAUUGGCAUGAAGCUAACAAAAACACAUGACGAUUUUACAAUUUGUCUUGAAAAUAACCAAGAGAUCUAUUCUCACACUUAGACCAGCAAUACUUAAUGAUUAGUCGCCGCGUCAUUGUGUUAAGAUGAAAUGUUUCAUGGUGGCCCAGUUAAAGAGCAAUUUAGUCAAAGUAAUUAUCAUAGGCUACCUUAUUGAAAGUCGUGGCGUUCUAAAAAUAAGUCAAUCCGCUACGAAGCUCUGGUAGAAGAAGUCCAAGAAACUGAUUCUACUGAAUUCAUAAAAUAUCAAACUCUUGUAUCAUCUGAUAGGAAUUUAAGGUGGCUGAACACAGUUUUACCAGCGAUCAGCGGUAACUCGCGUGCCGGCGUGUGUUUUAAAUUAGACAAACAAACAUGGCGGCCAAAAAACCAUGGUACACAGAAGAGGAUUUCUCAAAAUCUACUAUUGAAAUUCUGUGAUAUUUGGCAGAAUUUUUACUUUUAUCGUAUUUUAAAUACUGAGAACUUUAAAAUGGAAGUUGAACAUACGAAUCUUGUGACACAUUUUGUAAUUACAGUACAAUUAUAUUAUUGAUUAUCUAAAUACCCGUCUGUUAAAAUUUGGUCAUAUAAGUUUCAAAUGAUAAUGAUUAAUUAUAGUAAGCUGUGUGCAAGUUAAUAGGAAAAUUUAUGUAAACUGAGCGAAAGUGAAAUUUUAAGGUUGUAUUCAAUCGUUCAUGUUGCCAUGGAAACUACGAAAACCUCAAAUUUCACCUGUCAAUCAAAAUCUUUCAUCAGUAUAUGUUUCACCUGCCAAGUUUCAGCUUGUGAGCUGCAACCUUUCUCUGGCCAUGGUUUGGCAAAUGACAUACACUCACAAACUGACAAAACUGUGUUCAGGCACCAUAACUGGCUACAGCACAAAUCCAAAAAGGACAACAAAUGGAUUCCUCGUAUCUCGUAGUUUGUCUUUUAAAUGCAUUUUUAUCCUACACUGCCACCAUGCUAAACAUUGUUACAAUCCACGCCAUAAGAAAAACGCCGUCCUUGUCAACGAAUUUAAAAACAUUGCUCCUUAGUCUGGCUGUUUCUGAUCUUGGUGUUGGUUUAGUGGUGCAACCUUUGUAUGUGGCAAAUCUUAUUAUGGCGUCGAAGCUAAACAAUGAAACUAGCAAAACGUAUAAUGCCAUCCAUAUCGUGUACCUUAUCCUGGUGAAUUUAUUUAUUUUCGCUACGCUGUUUCUCGUCAUUGUUCUUUGUGCAGAGAGAUUUAUAGCCAUUCAUUAUUGCUUUAGAUAUCAAGAACUUGUGACACACAAGCGAGUCGUUGCUGUUGUCGUCUCAAUUUGGGUAUUAAGCGGACUGUUUUCGUUGACGAGGCUGUGGAUCCCAAAGAGUAUUAUGUACGUGGUUUUUGGCAUUACACAACUUGCAUGUAUUUUAGCUGCCACUUUCUUCAGUAUCAGAAUUUACUCGUCCGUGCGACUUCACGUGAACCAAAUACAAGUCCUGCAGCUACAAUAUGCACCACAGAACGCUCAAAUGGUUAACGUUCGAAGGAUUCAAAAGUUUGCGAUUAUGUCAGUUUACGUUUGCCUCGUCUUAAUGGUUUGCUAUCUGCCAAACAUUUGUACACUCUUUGCUAUUGCCUUCACUUCUAGACCAAGCACUGGCAUAAAGCAUUUACCGUUUUACACUCUGACACUGGAGUUCCUUAAUUCGUCGCUUAAUCCUGUGAUCUACUGCUGGAAGAUGAAACACAUCCGACACACGAUCAUUGGCUUAAUACGAAAUGCAUUUGCGAAGCAAAACUAA